AGUGGAGGAGGAAGAGGAGGUGGAGGAGGACGGAGAUGGGAAAAAGUAUUGAUCCGGAGCUAGACCAUUCCUGGCAGAUUGUUUACAAGCCGUCUUUCUCUGGACUGCGCCAUACACGUUUCAAUUGUAUACCGCACAGACUCAUUCUUUUACCCAUAGGCGACUGCAGGCAGCCUCUUAGGUCUGCGCGAGAGUGUGUUGUUGUCUCUCGUUUUGGUGUCUUAAAACACAGUCAUCAUCUUAUUGUUUGUGUGCGCAACAUCCUAAUACGCAACCUGAACCAGUACACUCGUUCAAUCACACGUCUCAAUGCGAAUGUCUCUCCGCCGAAUGGAAAACGCACCUUCCUUGACACAGACUUAGCCUUUGCCAUCGAUACAGCGACAUGGCACAACUACCAACGAGAUUCCCCUGCUGGUGCCGCGCAGUCUAUUCUUGGGGUGGAGAAACCGACAGAGAUCUGGGAUUUGUCGAGGGCGACUUAAUCGAAUGCCUGAACGCUGGAGAUGGGUCUUGGUGGAUGGGAAGACUACGGAGGGACAAGCGGAUGAUGGGACUGUUUCCAUCCAAUUUCGUCAUGGUUCUUGAAGACAACUUCGUCCCCAAGAGUCGAUCCGUCAGCCCAAUGCCAGAACUGCAGAAGAGUGACAGUGGCCGCAAGAAUAGCCCAGCCCAACUACAGGAGAAAAAGGAAAGAGCAAAGUCAAGAAGACCUUUCCAAGGUUACAAGAAUGCCAAAACUCCCACUGGCACUGGCGUUGCUUCACCCCCAGCAGUUACGACGGUAUCAAAGCCAGCUCAACAACCAAUAGAUCCUCGAAAUCCUCCAUCUACUGUCCUAUGGCAGCAAAGACCGGUUUCUCGAGGACCAUCUAGAUCACCUUCACCACUGCCACAUCAUGAAAUCGGCUCAUCACCCCCACCACCGCCGCCACCGCAUCGUACCCUUGGAGGCCCCAGUGGCAGUCUGUCUAGAGCUCCUUCACCCGCACCUCAGCCAUUGGACAUGAACGACCGAUAUCAGAACUUCUCCCGUACACCAUCUCCUGCGCCACCAUCCUUGAACGGACACACCCCGCCAAUGAUCCGAAGCGCGAUAGACGAUGUCAUGACCUCACUCGACGAUAUGACAUUCUUAAAUCAGGAGGAAGAACACGAACAACAAAAAGAGUUCAAUCCAUGGUCGCCAGAGGCAUUCGACGAUUUCCGUCGUCCCAAUGAGAGGCCUCCAGCAAGACCCUUGACCAGUCUUGGAUUGGGUGAAGGCGGUAGCAACUACUCAGAGGGACGUAUCAACUAUAGUAGUCGGCAUAAUACCCCCGACAGAUUUCAAGAUGGUCCUCCUAAGCUGGAAAAUUAUGUUCAAAGAAUGGAAAGCAGACUUCGGCGCAUGCAACAGGCUCGAGAAGUAGGACUGAACCCAGAUGAUCUUGGAAGUGACCCUCCAGAACCGCCACCAAAGAGCUCAUGGUCUUCGAGGCCUGUGUCUUCGAUGGGAGGUCGACGACCUUCGGUGCGACAGAGAAAGUCGGCCUACGAGCUGGGAGAUGGUGGAUUGGCGAGAACGUACACCACCAAGACCAACUCGACCAAUUCUAGCAGCGGUGUUCAAAGUGUAGCCACCAACUCUUCACAUCAGACGAGCAUGACCAGUCAGAGUCUGAUGAGCGGAUACUCGGCGGGCGGGUUCAGCGCCACCAGUGCAGGAAGUCUUGCCAGAAAGAGAAUGGGGAGCAUCCGAGACCGAAUGACCAGACCUAUAACCAGUGCAGGAACAAGAGUCGAGCAAUGGGGUCAAAGUGAUAUGCGGCCGAAGACACCUACCAGAAGCUCAUUCUAUUCCGGUCUUGACUCAAGACAGGGCACAAGAUCCGCAGUGGGGUGGGAAGACUCGGAUCGAAGUGCAACUGGAGGACUCGGUGGUCUGACAACUCCAAAAGCAAAGAAAUCUGGAUUUUUCAAGAAGCUCAUGGACAGUGCAAAGACGGGCGCUGCAAGUGCGAGAAGUACCAUAUCCGCCAGCCAAACAGGAAGCAAUGCUGGAUCACCAACGAAGAUGACGGGCAUCGCUGGAGGUAAGGCAUUCAACGCACCUGUACGGAGCUCAAGUCCAGUGGGUGGCGCAUAUGGCAGAGAUGCUGCGAAGGAGAUGGGUCUUGCCAGCGGAGCAUCCGGCUCGUACAUCUUGACGCGGCGCGACAUCAAUCGCUCAAACACACCAGGGCCAUCAGAACGAGAAGAGCGGGCGGACCGUUGUCACAUGCUGGACCAGCCAGUGAUAUGUCCGGUCGAAGAAUUGUACGAGAAUCUUCACGGCGAUGAAGAUGCCAAUGGACGGCCGGUAUAUGAACCAUUACAGCUCAGCAACCCCAGUUUCAGUCAGGUAGACAAGGCAGCACGAUUUAUUACCAGUCUACCGAGCAGCAUCACCGCAGGAACGCUGGCUUCUGGCUUCAUCUGCAGGCCCCACCGAAGUGGUGUCCAAAGACUUCGGGCAAUCUUCAUUUGGUGUGCAGAGAGAAUCAAUUGGGAGGAAGAUCAUGACAUGGACGGUUAUAACUACAACGUAUCCAUCGAUACUAGGAAAGUGGUCCAGUCAAAGCGUGGUUGCAGCAGAGAGAUCUCGGCUGUGAUUGUCGAAAUGUGUACCGCCAUUGGAAUCCAUGCCGAAGUCGUGCAAGGAUAUUUGAAAGCACCUGGGGAAGAGCUGGAUCUGGAUGCACUUUCUCGACCGAACCACUUUUGGAACGCUAUCCUGGUAGAUGGUGAAUGGAGGAUGGUCGAUGCGAGCCUGGCAAGUCCGACCAACCCGAAGAGAGCCUUGUACUCGAAUAUCAGCACGAGCAUAGCAGAAGCUUGGUAUUUCCUGGCCAGACCGAGCGAAAUUUGUUGGACUCACAUUCCGGUUGAAGAUGCCCAGCAGCACAUGCUACCCAGCAUUAGCCCGGAUGUGCUUUUGAGUCUGCCUGGCACAUGUCCUCAAUUUUUCCGCCAAGGACUCUCGAUGCAUGCGUAUGACACGAGCGUGAUAAGAAUGGAAGGACUCGAGAUGUGCACUUUCAGCAUCAACGUGCCUGCUGAUGUCGAAAUUGUGGCAGAAGUCGAGGCAAAGCAAUUUCUCCAUGACCAGGACGGUGACUUGUACGAAGAUACGGACAAUGUCACCACGAAGCGAGCCCUGACGCAAGCAAGCUGGUACCGUACCAUGCCCAACACAGAGAUUUAUCAGAAACGGUACGUCGUCAAAGCUAUCCUACCAGGGGACGAAGGCAUGGCCGUGGUCAAAGUCUAUGCCGGUAAGAAAGGAUUAAUGCUCAGUUCGCGAGACAUUGUACAUCCUCUUGCAUUGGCAUUGCCGCUGUACCAUUCCGGAGAGAACCCGGCAUACGAUUUUGUGUUGCGACAUCCGACGCCGCACGCUACUAGGCAGGAUCUCUAUGUUGUGCAGCCGCAGUGUAUGCGACUAGGUGCUGGCGAGACAUACGUUUUCUGCGUCCGACAACACGUGGCAUCUGUGGCUUCGACUCCAGCAUCCGAACAGAACGGCUUCGACCUCCGGCCCGCUAGUCCAAACCCUCUUGUCCGACCUGCAAGUGCUAUGAGCAUGACGAGCAGCGCGGCCGGCAGCAAUCCCAGUGAGCAGGGCAGCAAUGCCAACGGCGUCGGAGGGGGAAAAGUCAAGGACAAACCUGCGAAACUGGCUAUACAGAGCCCUGGAGGAAAGAUUAUCAGGUUGAAUCGCAAGCACGAUGGGUUACCUCAACCUUCGGCUUUCAGGGACGUCGAUGGUGAAGUACUUGGCAGUGUUUGGGAGAACAUCCUCAAGGUCCAGGAGCGCGGUACUUGGAGAGGUCUGGUGCUCGCUGAUCGAAGUGCCAGGUGGUGCGUCUUUUGCGAGUGGGAAUGUGUUUGAUGCUUGGGUCAUUUGGGCUCAUGGAAACGUUCUGGUGACGGAGUUUGUGGUACAUCAAAAGUUCUGCGCAUUUGUUGGUCUCAAUGUUGGACUAUUGCCCGGCAUAUGGACGAUUUGGAGGCAUUUCGGGCUUUCUAUGAAAGAGUUUUUGAGUGGUGUCCAAGGAUAUCUGGUCGGGUUGGGCCUAUUUCAACGAUGGGCGGUACUGGGAAGGAUCGCCAUGGGAAACAUAUGGCCAGAUGCCGUUUGUGCAUAUUGUAUGAGUACAACCAGGUAUUUUGACGAACAAUGAUGACCAUUCUAUGAGACAUGCUUCAAGGACUGUAUCAUGGUUCCAGCUUAGAAU